AUGAAAGUUGCUGAGGAAGCGUCACAAGGUUCAAAGGUUUUAGUUCGCGGGGGAGAUCGAUCCUUGUGGUUUGAAAACUGGACAUCUACGGGGGUGAUAUGGAAUGAUUUGAAUGAGAAUCCCUCUAUUCCAGACUUGACCAUUAAAGAUUUCAUAAAUAAUAAAUUUUUAUAUUUGCAUGAAUUGCAGGAUUUGUUACCCUUGGACGUGUUGCGGACUCUGGAGCAUUUUGAUGAAACACUUGUACCAGGCUGCGACUUGUUAAUAUGGCAGCAUUCUUCUUCUGGAUCUUUCACCUUUAAAUCUGCCUAUUUGAGACUAAGGAAGAGAGGAUUGGAGGAUUACUUCUCUAAGAACUAUUGGCAUAAAUUGAUUCCUUUGGAGGAAGUUAACUUGCUUGUGGUUUUAAAUAACUGGUGGAAUCGUGGUAGUUUCUCUUCAGAUUUGAAAGCUCUUAUCAAGAUUAUUCUGUCAUUAAUUCUUUGGGAGAUUUGGAAAAUGAGGAAUAAAAUGCUAUUUGAAGGAGAGAAAUUCAAUAGGGAGAAGGUUAUUUUGGCAACCAAGGUACACAUAUGUAAUGUUUUAAUGACUCAUGAUUUGCAGGCGCAGAAUGUAGAAGAGAGGAAUUGGAUUGAAAAUAAUUUUGGCUUUCAGCUUCAAAAGGUGCGGAUGAAAACUUGUAUGGCUGUUAGGUGGAAGGCUUCAAAGGGUAGUGAUUAUGUUUUUAACAUUGAUGGCUCACUUAUUAAUUCGGAUUCUGGAUAUGGCUUUUGCAUCAGGAAAAGGAAUGGUAGCUCUGUAUAUGGUGAAAGUGGUUACUUAGGAAGAGGUGAUAGUUUUGAUGCCGAGGUUUAUGGAGUCCUGUUUGGAGUACAGAAGUGUUGUCAGCUUGGCUUAGAGAAGGUGGAUAUUCAAACAGACAAUAAAGAUGAGGAAUUUGCAGAAAAGGAUGAUGUUGUUGAUUGUGUGAAAGGCAUGAGCUUAGCAAAUGAUAUGAUAAUAAAUGUAGUUUCUGGCAAGAGAAAGAAUGGUGUUUUGAUGAGAUGUUUUAAAGGUGGAAAGGUCAAGGGGUCACUUGAAGAUUGUGAAAAAUAUGUCUCAACGGAUUCGAAGACACAAAUCACUGGCUGUAAAUUUAAGGUAUAUGUGCACUCAGUUAGUGGAAGGUGGCGCAUUUAUGUGUAUCCUGCAAAUGGUUACAAAAAAUAUAAUCCUAUAUUCAGAUACAAACUAGAAUACUCGAGACAGAAAAUUGGCACCCAUUAUUGCGGUUUUCCAUUGAAUCGCUUAAAGUGUCAAGUUUCCCAUACAUGUUCGGAAAAAUUGAACACUGAGUGGUUGAAGACGCAAGAGUGGAAAAAAGAAGUGAAUGACAGAUGUGAUCAUGUGGUUUACUGGACUUGUCGAAUUCCAUGUGUGUGCGCCCUCAAAAAGGCUGCAGAUGCCGGCACAUCGAUUACUCUUAAGCAUAUUCACCCAUUCUGGGCGACCGUUAAUAUCGGUGAACAGGCUGCUACUGGUGGUUCGACCGAUGUGGAUGACGAUGUCCUUUAUACCACACAGUUGAUGGAAGAGCUGAACGAGUGUCCUAAGGCAGUACGACGUACGACAAAUAGGGCUUUCCACGAUAUUAUGCAUCUAGACCAGUGUGGGUUCAAACAACCCGAGGAGGUCAAGAGACGGAAGGGGCGGCCGAAGGGGGCUAAAUCAAAAAUAAAAGCAACACUUAAUGUGUGGGAUUACAGGGACGACACUCUAGGAAAGUCGACCACAGUGACGAGCGAUUCAAGUAAGAAGCGCCCCUCGUCUUCAGGUGGUCGUAAAAAUGCAUCCACAGGACCACCGUGCAGGAAGAAGUCAGUCGUAUACGGUGGAGUGGAUUAG